AAUCUCUUAGAGACAAAAUCAUGAAGCUUAGGUGUGUACCAAAAAUAAGGCCCCACCGACCCACACGGUUUUCUAUUUUUGAGACCGUACAAAACCCACAUCGCCACCGCCAGUUUUCUCUCCCAACUUCAAAUAACCACCCUAAUUCCCCCGCCAUUCCUCUUCCUCCACCGUCGCCGUCGCCGCCGCCACAUGUCACCGUUGCUUCCUCGCAUAUUUACAUUUUCUCUGCGUCUAUCAAUCAAUCGCAUUGUUUCGGCAUUGUGAAAUCCCCUUCCAGAUAUGGCUGCACUCGCAGUUGAGCAGCUUAAUCAAUUGCGCGACAUUUUUGCACGAUUCGAUAUGGAUUCCGAUGGAAGUCUCACGAUUCUGGAACUGGCGGCAUUGCUCCGAUCUCUCGGUCUCAAGCCCUCCGGCGACCAAAUCCACGUUCUCGUCGCUAAUAUGGAUGCGAACGGUAAUGGCUCUGUAGAGUUCGACGAAUUGGUAACUGCGAUUAGGCCGGAUUUCAACGAGGAGAUAAUGGUAAAUCAGACGCAUCUUCUGGAGGUUUUUCGUUCGUUCGAUCGAGACGGCAACGGAUAUAUAACCGCGGCGGAGCUGGCAGGCUCGAUGGCGAAGAUGGGACAGCCAUUGACGUACAGAGAGCUAACGGAGAUGAUGAAGGAAGCCGAUACGGAUGGCGACGGCGUUAUUAGCUUCAAUGAAUUCGCCUCUAUAAUGGCGAAAUCGGCAUCUGAUUUUCUAGGGCUUGCAAUCUCUUGAUUAGGUCAGUAUCGUUUCUUAAUCUUCGAUACCUUCGAAACUUGAAACUGUAAUAUAAUUAUCGAAAGUUUUCCCACUUCGAUCUAA